UGGAAAUACGUCUUUUGCCCUUAGCCGAGCCUAAUUUUUAGCCAUGUAAGAGAAUCGUUAACAUAAAUUUUGUAUAGAUUCAGAUUUGACAUUUCUUAAUCUUGAACUACAUUGCAUCAAAUUAUAUGAAAACCAUAAAUAGAUACAAAAAUAAACUCCAUUAUUGUUAUUCUCGAUCUCAUCAUGUUAAUUUCUAUCUCAGAAACCUCACCACCACACCCAAUCCGAAAUUUCAUAUUUCCAUGGCCCCAAAUGCUGCUACUCCACUCUCAACUAUACAUGCUUUUGUGCAGUUAUGUGCAAGAGAAAGAGCACUUUUGCAAGGCAAAACUUGUCAUGCUAAGAUUAUCAUUGUUGGGCUUGACGCAGAUUCUUUGACUUCAAACAUGCUUAUCAAUUUUUAUGCCAAGUGUGGCCCUAUUGAUCAAGCCCGCAAGGUGUUUGAUUUAAUGCCGGAGAGAACUGUCGUUUCUUGGAAUACAAUUCUUGGAGCGUAUACCAAGAAUGGACGAGACCAAGAAGCUCUUUCUCUUUUUGUGAGUAUGCAUAGAGAAGGGAAAACCCCGUUUACUGAAUUUACUGUUUCGAGUGUUCUCUGCGCUUGCGCAGCGAAAUGUGAUGUGUUUGAGUGUAGACAGUUGCAUUGUUUUGCUGUUAAAACGGCUAUGGAAUCGAAUGUGUUCGUGGGAACCGCGUUGCUUGAUGUGUACGCAAAGUGUGGUUUGUUAAGGGAUGCAAGUCGGCUUUUUGAGCUUAUGCCGGAGAGAAAUGAUGUUACUUGGAGUUCUAUGGUGGCUGGUUUUGUGCAAAAUCAGCUUUAUGAGGAGGCUUUAAUGUUGUUUCGUGAAGCGCAAGUAAUUGGGUUGGAACAGAAUCAGUUUACUAUUUCUUCUGUAAUCUGUGCUUGUGCCAAUUUGGCAGCUUUGAUUGAAGGGAAACAAGUACAUGCUGUUUUGUGUAAAACUGGGUUUGUUUCAAAUUUGUUUGUAUCUUCCUCUCUUAUAGAUAUGUAUUCUAAGUGCGGUAGUGUUUCAGAUGCUUAUAAUGUGUUUUCAGGUAUUGAAGAGAAAAAUGUUGUUAUGUGGAACGCGAUGAUUUCUGGGUUUGCUAGACAUGCACUUUCUAUGGAGGCAAUGAUUUUAUUUGAGAAAUUGCAGCAGGUUGGUCUUUGCCCGAAUGAAUUUACCUACAUUUCUGUUUUAUCUGCAUGUAGUCAUAUUGGUUUGGUUGAAAAGGGGAAGAGCUAUUUCGAUCUUAUGGUGAAGCAGCACAAUGUUUCACCCAAUGUCCUUCACUAUUCAUGCAUGGUUGAUAUUCUUGGUCGAGCAGGGCUGAUUCAUGAGGCCCAUGAUCUGAUUGAGAAGAUGCCAUAUGAUGCUACUGCUGCAAUGUGGGGAUCGCUUUUGGCAUCUUGUAGGAAUUAUGGGAAUCUUGAAAUGGCUGAGAUUGCAGCUAAACAUUUGUUUGAAAUGGAACCUGAAAAUGCAGGAAACCAUGUGUUGUUAUCAAAUGUAUAUGCUGCAAAGAGUAGGUGGGGGGAAGUUGUGAGAGCAAGGAAACUUCUUAAAGACAGUGAGGCGAAAAAAGAGAGGGGUAAGAGCUGGAUUGAAGUCAAGGAUAAAGUUCAUGCAUUUAUGGUUGGAGAGAGCAACCACCCUAAAAUCAAUGAGAUUUACUUGAAGUUGGAGAAAUUGUUGGAAGAUUUGAAGGAUUUAGGCUACAACCCUGAGACUGAACAUGACCUUCACGACGUGGAAGAUAGCAGAAAGCAGGAACUUCUGAGGCACCACAGUGAGAAGUUAGCUCUUACAUUCGGACUAAUGUGCUUAUGCCCUGGUGCCCCGAUCAGGAUUAUAAAGAACCUCAGAAUUUGUGGUGAUUGCCAUUCUUUUAUGAAGUUUGCAUCAAGCAUUACAGGGAGGGAAAUUAUUGUUAGGGAUACAAAUAGGUUUCAUCAUUUUAGACAGGGAAGUUGUUCUUGUAGGGAGUUCUGGUGAAUUUCGAGUUUACUGCACUGACCGCCAUUGAAAUAUUGCUUUACAAUUCUAACAGUGUAUUCUUUUGUACUCAUCCUCACAAGUUAUUUAUGAAGUGUGGAAUUUGAAAGGUUA